AUGUAUUUUUCUUCUACAUUCUUGAUUCCUCUUUUUGCAAAUUUGUUCCUUGUUUUCUUUUUUUUUUGUUUCUUAAUUUCUUUUUUAUUUGUUUUUUUUAAUUUCUUUCUUUUUUGUUCCUUAUUUUCUUUCUUUUUUGUUCCUUAUUUUCUUUCUUUUUUGUUCUUUAAUUUCUUUCUUUUUUGGUCCUUAAUUUCUUUCUUUUUUGGUCCUUAUUGUCUUCCUUUUUUAUUCCUUAAUUUCUUUCUUUUUUGUUCUAUAUUUUCUUUAUUUUUGUUCCUUAUUUUCUUUCUUCUUAUUGUUCUUUCCCUUUUAUUUUCAUUAUUUGUUUUUCAUUCCGAAGUAAAAUUACUUGUUUUCUUUUCUUAUUUUUCUAUUCUUUGCCUGACAUUUUAUUUAAAUUUAUUCUUAGUUCGUUUCCUUUUCCUUCAUUUUUAUUAUUCCUAUAUUCAUUUUUUUUUCUUUCGUUUUUCGUCUUCUUCCAUUUUAAACUUACUUUCAUGGUAUACUAUAUUUUUGUUUUCUUUUUAUUGUUUUCACAUUUUUUUUACUUUGUCUUUAUCCUUUACACUUUCUUUCUCAACGUUUUUUUUUUCAUUUUAUCCCCUUUUUCUGUGUCAUUUCGCAUUCUUUCCAUUAGGGUUUGUCCAUUUUCCCCAUAUUUUUCCUUAUUUCAUAUUUUUCUUUUAUAAUUCUUCAAUUUUAAUUUUUUAUUCUUUGUCGAUUUUCUCACUUAAUUAUUUCUUCCUUCUUAUUAUGUUUCGGUUUCGUUUAUUUUUUCUUCUCUUUGAAAACGUCUUCAUUUCCAUAUCCUUCUUUUUCUGUUAUUUGUUCCAUUUUCUUUUCCUUUUUCUAUCUGCCAUUUUUCCUUUCGUUGUCAUGCAUUUUUUUAAAUAUUUUUUUCUUCUUGCUUGUAUCUCGUUUAUUUUCUUUUUUGGAAAAAUUCCAAAAUAUAUAUUUCUUUUUUCUUUAUUGCCAAUUCCUUAUUAUAUUUUCUUUCAUUUACCUCCUGUUUCUUCUAUUCUUGGAUUUCCUUAUUGCAUUUUGUCUCUGUUUUUUUCUUCAUCUCAUUUUCUCUUGUUAUCCAAAUAUCUAUCUCUCUAUCUAUCUAUCUCUCUAUCUAUCUAUCUAUCUAUCUAUCUAUCUAUCUAUCUAUCUAUCUAUCUAUCUAUAUAUAUAUAUAUAUAUAUAUAUAUAUAUAUAUAG